AUGGAUGAUAUAGACCUCAACGGCAUUGAUACAGGCUUCACCAAGCUCUCAACAGCUGAAACUACUGGAAUGAAUGCACAGGACUCCGAUUCAUCGCCAACAACAGAGUCCAGAACUGCUUCUGGAGUGGCUCAUCGGUUGCAGGCCAGCCGUUCAGUGCUCUCGUUAGCUAUUGGCAAGGACUGCGUAUUCGCAGGGCUUCAAGGAGGAGACAUCGUUGUGAGUACCACGGCGAUGGCGGGGACUCUACCGUUAAUGUAUGAACCGACAAAUUUAUUUCUCGCAAGAAGCAGUGCUAAUAAGUCACAGUGGUGCGAUCUUCAGCAAAGUGAUAUCCCUCAGGCAGUUGGGAACAAGGCAAAUAAGCCGCAUAAGUUCUUUGACUCCAUGGGCCCCGGAGCUACAGAGCCCAUUUCUACUGCCUGUAAAAAUGGAAUCGAGAGUCAAGGGCAGAAACUAUAUUUUAGAAAAGACCAACAUCGGUUAUUCGCCCAUAACGGAUACGUUUAUUGCAUGAGACUUGUCAGGGGCCUGGUAGAAACCAGCGGCGGAGAGGUUCUUUUAACAGGAUCUGGUGAUGGAUCUGUAAAAAUAUGGGAACUCGGUCAUGGUCCGGGCGUGGCGCCAACGGAGCUUUUUACACUUCAAAAUAGAGACGAAUCGGUUCUAUCCAUCUCGGUUGACGGAACAUUCCUCUAUUGUGGUCUCUCGGGAGGGGCAAUAAAUGUCUGGAAUUUGGAGUCGAGACAGAUCAUCAAAACAAUCUCUAGCCAUACUGGUGACGUAUGGGCAAUUGACAUUAUCAAAGGGUUCAUUCUGAGUGGUGAUUCGGAUGGUGUCGUGAAGAAAUUCAACUCUCGUUUUGAGGAGCUCGGAACAUGGACAGCUCAUGAUGGGAAGAUGCUCACUUCUACCUCCGGGAAUGUUAAGAAUAGAUGGAUCUUUGCUACUGGUGGUAAUGACAACACAGUUGCUCUAUGGGAUUUGACGGACGAAAAAGCUGAUUCACAGGAGAUACCUGCCAUUAGCAAUGAUGAGAUGGUCAACACGCUGGCAAAAUUUAUUGCAUUCAAGACAAUUUCGGGUUGCUCAACGUUCGCUGGCGAAUGUGCUCAGGGAGCAAUCUUCCUCCGCAGACACUGCAAGUAUCUGGGAGCUCAGACUAAGCUACUUGGGACAGGACAGAAGAAAAAUCCAAUUGUGUUUGCCAAAUUCCCAGCGAAUGCACCUGUAAAGAAGGACAAGUCCAUUCUUUUCUAUGGUCAUUAUGACGUUGUUGGAGCUGGAGCAAGCCAUCCUAAGUGGAACACUGACCCAUUCCACUUGACCUCCCUAAAUGGGUACUUAUAUGGUCGUGGCGUCUCCGACAACAAAGGGCCAUCCCUUUCUGCUCUUUAUGCUGCAGCAGAACUCUAUCAGCGAAAGGAGUUGUCUCACAAUGUUGUUUUUCUCAUUGAGGGAGAAGAAGAAUCCGGUUCGCAGGGGUUUGGACAAGCUAUCCGUGAAAAUAAAACCUUGAUCGGCCCUAUUGACUGGAUUCUCCUGGCCAACAGCUACUGGUUGGAUGACCACAUUCCUUGCCUGACAUAUGGAUUACGAGGAGUGGUACAUGCAAAUAUUGUUGUAUCAAGCAAUCAACCAGAUCUCCAUAGUGGAAUUGAUGGAAGUUCUCUACUCGACGAACCUCUCAAGGACCUGACACUGCUUUUAGGAACGAUAGUCGGACCCAAAGGAGCGAUCAAUCUUCCGGGCUUUCAUGACCCGGUUUUAUCAUUAACACCCACCGAAAAGGCACGCUACGAUGCUAUUGCCGAGGCGUUACUACCGCACCACCCUGAGAUCAAGAAUUUUGAAUCAUUUACGGAAUCUCUGAUGCAUCGUUGGCGUGAACCCUCGCUAACCAUUCACUGCAUUGACAUUCCUAGUUGCAAAAAGUCGACCACCACUAUAUCAAGGAAGGCAAAAGCCUCGCUUUCUAUUCGUAUCGUUCCAAACCAAGAGUCAAGCAAGGUGGCAGAGGACUUAAUCAACUAUGCUCAGGCUCAAUUCUCCGAGUUAAAUUCGCAGAAUACCCUCACCGUCGAAAUUACCGGAACUGCAGAUCCAUGGCUCGGAGACCCUGAUAAUGAACUAUUUGAAGCUCUUUCCCAUGCCGUGACAUUAACAUGGACAAAGCAAGGCAAUGGUAGCCAGGAAUAUAACUACCCUCCACUGAAUAAACCGCAACUACGCAGUCGUCCUGCACCAAUUCAUACCGAUUCUAUUGACGCCGCACAUGUCGUUACUUCUUCAUCCUCACCGAAAUCUCCUGCUGCAACGCAAAAGCAGUAUAUUCCAACGUCUUCAACUCUUGUCGAUCAAUCGACCACCUCUGGUUCAAAUGGCAUCAAACCUACUUCGACAUGUGAAAGUCAAGGCUCUGCCCAAGAAAAACGCUCUCACUCUAUCUCUGGACAGGCAGACAACAACGCUAGAAACCUCAUCAAGCCAAUCUACAUCCGUGAAGGAGGAUCCAUCCCCACUAUUCGACUUUUGGAAAAAGAAUUCGGUGCUCCGGCUGCUCAUUUACCCUGUGGUCAAGCCAGUGAUAAUGCCCAUCUAGAUAAUGAACGUUUAAGGAUCCAAAAUCUGUAUAACAGCCGUGAAAUUUUCAAGAGCAUGUUUUCUGGAAACUAA